UGGCGGGGCCCCGCCGUCGCGGCAGCACUGGAGCCGGAGACACAAGUACUUCUCACAUUGUUGGGGAGUUUUGCCACAAGUCGUCGGCGCGGCCUCCCCGGCUCCGGAUCCUGCUGGCCCCCGGGACCCCCGUCCUCACCCCCGGCCCCGGAGCGGUGCCGCCGACCCCCGAGAGCCCGUCCGUCCUCGCCGGGCAUGAGGUAACAGCGAUGGACACCAAGCAUUUCCUGCCGCUGGAGGGGAAGUUCAGUGACUAUCCUACCAUUGUAUCGUACAACGAUUUUUCCACCCAGGUUAAUUCCACCUCCCUGAACUCUCCGAGUAUCCGUGGUUCUAUGAGCGCGCCGCUGCUGCAUCCAUCCCUCAGCAGUUCUGGGAUCAGCUCGUCAUUGGGCUCCCCCAACCAGCUCCACUCGCCCCUCGGCUCUCCCCUCAAUGGCAUGGGCCCACCUUUCUCAGUCAUCAGCCCACCUCUGGGCCCCUCCAUGUCGGGCAUGGGGUAUGGCACCGGCAGUCCUCAGCUCCAUUCCCCCAUGCAUUCGGUCAGCAGCACAGAGGAUAUCAAGCCGCCUCCUGGAAUAAAUGGCAUCCUUAAAGUGCCGAUGCACCCCUCGGGCGCUAUGGCAGCCUUCACCAAGCACAUCUGCGCCAUCUGCGGGGACAGAUCUUCAGGUAAACACUAUGGGGUGUACAGCUGUGAAGGAUGCAAGGGGUUUUUCAAGCGGACUGUUCGGAAGGACCUCACCUACACAUGCCGGGACAGCAAGGACUGCCUGAUUGACAAGCGGCAGAGGAACCGGUGUCAGUACUGUCGCUAUCAGAAGUGUCUUGCUAUGGGCAUGAAGAGAGAAGUUUUAGGCAGCUGGACGGCUGCCGGUAAGAAGUUUGUGAUAAGGAAUGAGGGAAAUUUAGAUCAGCCGCUCCAUCCACCAGGAGGCUCUUGUCUUGACCACCCAUCAGCUGUGCAGGAGGAGAGGCAGCGAGGGAAAGAACGGAAUGAGAACGAGGUAGAGUGCACCAGCAGCGCCAGUGAGGACAUGCCAGUGGAGAAAAUCCUGGAGGCCGAACUGGCGGUGGAGCCAAAGACAGAAACUUACAUUGAGGCCAACAUGGGCCUCGCCCCUAAUUCUCCCAGCGAUCCCGUCACCAACAUUUGCCAAGCCGCCGACAAGCAGCUCUUCACUUUGGUCGAAUGGGCAAAAAGAAUCCCGCACUUUUCAGAACUGCCACUAGACGACCAAGUAAUACUGCUGAGAGCGGGAUGGAAUGAACUCCUCAUCGCCUCCUUCUCCCAUCGAUCAAUAGCUGUCAAAGAUGGAAUCCUCUUAGCCACCGGCCUGCACGUUCACCGGAACAGCGCGCACAGUGCAGGAGUCGGCGCCAUCUUUGACAGGGUCCUCACAGAACUGGUCUCCAAAAUGCGGGAUAUGCAGAUGGACAAGACCGAGCUGGGCUGCUUACGAGCAAUCGUCCUAUUCAACCCAGACUCUAAGGGUCUCUCCAACCCCUCGGAGGUGGAGGCGUUACGUGAGAAGGUCUAUGCGUCGCUGGAAGCUUACUGUAAACACAAGUACCCAGAGCAGCCGGGGAGGUUUGCAAAGCUUUUGCUGCGUCUGCCCGCUCUCCGGUCCAUCGGCCUCAAAUGCUUGGAACACCUUUUCUUCUUCAAGCUAAUAGGAGACACACCCAUCGACACCUUUUUAAUGGAGAUGCUGGAAGCCCCUCAUCAAAUGACUUAAAGAGAAGCAAGGUCUUAUGUCCCCUUGUGCCGAGGGCAAUAGACUUCUUAUAGGACGCCCUCAAGAGACACUGUGGUCCCUCCACGCUUCAAGAAAACGUCCAGGAUCCCUCAUCCUAUGUCACAUGCGCGCCUUCAGUCCAUCCACGGAGCUAGGACCGCACUGUCCCAUCAUGAACAGCAGAAAGUGACGGACGUGUACAGGCCGGGCUCGCCCCCAAGGUCGCUUUCUUUUUUCGUUUAGGAUGGCUUGGUUGUCGCUGCUGAAGCUUUAGUCGCUGUUCUUGGUAAUUUUGACCCCAGUAUCUGAAACGUGGAAAAAUCUGCAAAGAUCCCGGAGGGUGAAUGUAUUUUUAUUUUUGGUUUUCAAUACAUGUGAUGCAUAAGGACUGUGGAAGACUUUGCUGAUCCUCGUCAUUCUCAAGUGAGAGCUGGGUCGUCGCCAUCAGCGGUCGCCCACCGGCAAUGGGAGCGCGGGGGAUCAAUCCCAUGUCUGAUAUUAGGCCUUAAUCAU